GAUAUUCUCUCAUCAUCUGCAUCCCUUUUCUUCCUCGGAUUGGUGAGAUACAGUUUCUCUCUCUCUUCUAUGAUACAAAUCCUCAAACUUCCUUUACUUUCAAAAUGAAACUGUCCAUCGCAUUAGUCUUUUUGUCCACAUUGGCUCUUUCACUGGCUGCAUCUAGAUCCAAGCGUGCAGCCUAUGAACUUCCGGAUGGAGCAGAACUCAUUGUCGGAGCCGUGAGAACAACUUUUGUCUGCAGUAACGAGGGAUACUACGCCGACAUUGAUAACAAUUGUCAGAUCUUCCACGUCUGCCACACCGCUGUCCAUGCUGAUGGAACAUCCGAAAUGCUCCAAUGGUCCUUCAUGUGCGGUAACCAGACCGUCUUCAACCAGUUUUCAUUCACUUGCUCUAGCUACGAAGAUGCUGUUCCUUGCGGAAGCUCUGGAGAUUUCUUCUAUCUGAAUAACAAUCUGCAUGCUGGACCUAAUGUAUUCUUCCAUAACGAACAGGACGUUGCCAGGGCAGCUGCUGUUACUCCUGGAAGGCCAGCACAAGGCCAGCCACCAGUGGUACGUCCCCCUACAGGAGGAAGACCCCCAUUUAGAGGUUAAAUGAAAUUUCCAACAUGGUUCGUUCACUAUUUGCUCGAUUCACUAAGGCCCUGGUUGCAGGUAGACUUCCAGCUGGCUGACAUCGGUCAUCUGCCUUCAUCUUCCUAAGGCAUCUGCUUAGUAUAGAUCUGCUUUUAUAUAAGAUGUGUUUCCAAUGCUUCUGUGGAGGUUGCUUGGGGACGACGGAGGAUUUUAACAUGGACACUUGUAAAAAAGCUUAACUGUUCAUUUGCAAUUAUUUGUAAAUAAGAGCUUGUAUAUUAUGUGUUUUAUAAAAAUUGUUAUUUGUUGUUAAUAAAAUGAGCAUUUGAAAUGAA